GGUGUGCACGCCCGCGGCCAGGGCGGCCGAAUCCCGCGCGAGCCCCGAGCGAGCCCCGGCCGCCGCCUCCCGGUCCGGGCAACAGGCUACCUCCGCGUCCGCCGGAGUCCCCGCCUCGCCGCCGCCGCCGCGCACGGCGCCCGACUCCGACUCCCACUCCGACUCCGACUCCGUCCGGGGCUAAUUGCGGAGACCCGGAGCGAGCGUCUCGGAGGCAGGAUGCGAUCGUCGGGGACGGUCGGCGCCGCGCUCCUGGUGCUGCUGGCUGCGCACUUCCAGGCGAGUCCGGCGCUGGAGGAGAAGAAAGUUUGCCAAGGCACGAGUAACAGGCUUACCCAGCUGGGCACUUUUGAGGACCACUUUCUGAGCCUCCAGAGAAUGUUCAAUAACUGUGAGGUGGUCCUUGGGAAUUUGGAAAUUACCUACAUGCAAAGGAAUUAUGACCUUUCCUUCUUAAAGACCAUCCAGGAGGUUGCUGGCUAUGUACUCAUUGCCCUCAACACAGUGGAGACGAUUCCUUUGGAAAACCUGCAGAUCAUCCGAGGAAAUGUGCUCUAUGAAAACACUCAUGCCUUAUCAGUCUUAUCCAACUAUGGUGCAAAUAAAGCCGGACUGAGGGAGCUUCCCAUGAGGAACUUACAGGAAAUCCUGCAGGGCGCUGUGCGAUUCAGCAACAACCCUGUCCUCUGCAACGUGGACACCAUCCAGUGGCGGGACAUUGUCAGCAGCGAUUUUCUAACCAAUAUGUCAGUGGACUUUCAGAACCAACUGGGCGGUUGCCAAAAGUGUGAUCCAGGCUGUCCCAAUGGAAGCUGUUGGGGUGUGGGAAAAGAGAACUGCCAGAAAUUGACCAAGACCAUCUGUGCCCAGCAGUGUUCAGGGCGCUGCCGCGGCAGGUCCCCCAGCGACUGCUGCCACAACCAGUGUGCUGCCGGCUGCACAGGGCCCCGGGAGAGUGACUGCCUGGUGUGCCGCAAGUUCCGGGACGAAGCCACAUGCAAGGACACCUGCCCGCCACUCAUGCUCUACAACCCCACCACGUACCAGAUGGACGUCAACCCCGAUGGGAAGUACAGCUUUGGCGCCACCUGCGUGAAGAAGUGCCCCCGUAACUAUGUGGUUACAGACCAUGGCUCCUGUGUCCGCGCCUGCAGUUCUGACAGCUACGAGGUGGAGGAAGACGGAGUGCGCAAAUGUAAAAAGUGUGAAGGGCCUUGUCGCAAAGUUUGUAACGGAAUAGGAAUUGGUGAAUUUAAAGACACACUUUCCAUAAAUGCUACCAAUAUUAAACACUUCAAAAAUUGUACCUCAAUCAGUGGAGAUCUUCACAUCCUGCCAGUAGCAUUUAGGGGUGACUCCUUCACACGGACCCCACCUCUGGAUCCCAAGGAACUGGAUAUUCUAAAAACUGUGAAGGAGAUAACAGGGUUUUUGCUGAUUCAGGCCUGGCCAGAAAACAGGACUGACCUCCAUGCUUUCGAGAACCUGGAAAUCAUACGUGGUAGAACCAAGCAGCAUGGUCAGUUUUCUCUUGCCGUCGUCGGCCUGGACAUAAUGUCCUUGGGAUUACGCUCCCUCAAGGAGAUAAGUGAUGGGGAUGUGAUCAUUUCCGGAAACCGAAACUUAUGCUAUGCAAAUACAAUAAACUGGAAAAAACUAUUUGGGACCUCAAGUCAGAAAACCAAAAUUAUAAACAACAGUGGUGAAAAAGACUGCAAGGCCACUGGCCACAUCUGUCAUCCGUUAUGCUCAUCAGAGGGCUGCUGGGGCCCGGAUCCCAGAGACUGCGUGUCCUGCCAGAACGUGAGCCGUGGCAAGGAGUGUGUGGAGAAGUGCAGCAUUCUGGAGGGUGAGCCAAGGGAGUUUGUGGAGAAUUCCGAGUGCAUCCAGUGCCAUCCGGAGUGCCUGCCCCAGGCCAAGAAUGUGACCUGCACCGGCCGCGGACCAGAUAACUGCGUGAAGUGUGCGCACUACAUCGAUGGCCCCCACUGCGUCAGGGCCUGCCCGGCUGGGAUCAUGGGGGAGAACAACACCCUGGUCUGGAAGUUUGCGGAUGCCAAUCACGUGUGUCAACUGUGCCAUCCAAACUGUACCUACGGCUGUGUAGGGCCAGGUCUUGAAGGCUGUGCAACGAAUGGGCCCAAGAUCCCAUCCAUCGCCACUGGGAUUGUGGGCGGCCUCCUCUUGGUGGUGGUGGUAGCCCUUGGGAUUGGCCUCUUUCUGCGCAGGCGGCACAUCGUCCGGAAGCGCACUCUGCGCAGACUCCUGCAGGAAAGAGAGCUCGUUGAGCCUCUUACGCCCAGUGGGGAAGCUCCCAACCAAGCUCUCUUGAGGAUCUUAAAGGAAACAGAAUUCAAAAAGAUCAAGGUGCUGGGUUCUGGAGCAUUCGGCACAGUGUACAAGGGACUCUGGAUCCCAGAAGGUGAGAAGGUUAAAAUUCCUGUGGCUAUCAAGGAAUUAAGAGAAGCCACGUCUCCAAAAGCCAACAAGGAAAUUCUUGAUGAAGCCUACGUGAUGGCCAGUGUGGACAAUCCUCACGUGUGCCGCCUCCUGGGCAUCUGCCUGACCUCCACGGUCCAGCUCAUCACACAGCUCAUGCCGUUUGGCUGCCUCCUGGACUAUGUCCGCGAGCACAAGGACAACAUUGGCUCCCAGUACCUGCUCAACUGGUGUGUGCAGAUUGCAAAGGGCAUGAACUACCUGGAAGACCGGCGCUUGGUGCACCGUGACCUCGCAGCCAGGAAUGUCCUGGUGAAGACACCACAGCAUGUCAAGAUCACCGAUUUUGGGCUGGCCAAACUGCUUGGUGCUGAGGAGAAAGAAUACCACGCAGAAGGAGGCAAAGUGCCUAUCAAGUGGAUGGCUUUGGAAUCCAUUUUACACCGAAUUUAUACCCACCAAAGUGAUGUCUGGAGCUAUGGAGUCACCGUUUGGGAAUUGAUGACCUUUGGGUCCAAGCCUUAUGACGGAAUCCCCGCAAGUGAGAUCUCCACCAUCCUGGAGAAAGGAGAGCGCCUCCCGCAGCCGCCCAUAUGCACCAUCGAUGUCUACAUGAUCAUGGUCAAGUGCUGGAUGAUAGAUGCAGACAGUCGCCCAAAGUUCCGUGAGUUGAUCGUUGAAUUCUCCAAAAUGGCCAGAGACCCCCAGCGCUACCUUGUCAUCCAGGGAGAUGAGAGAAUGCAUUUGCCAAGCCCUACAGACUCCAACUUUUAUCGUGCCCUGAUGGAUGAAGAGGACAUGGAAGAUGUGGUCGAUGCCGACGAGUACCUCAUCCCGCAGCAGGGCUUCUUCCACAGCCCCUCCACAUCCCGGACACCCCUCAUAAGUUCUCUGAGUGCCACCAGCAACAAUUCCACUGUGGUUUGCAUUGAUAGAAAUGGGCAGAGCUGUCCCCUCAAGGAAGACAGCUUCUUGCAGCGGUACAGCUCAGACCCCACCGGCACCUUGACUGAGGAUGACAUGGAUGACACUUUCCUCCCAGCGCCUGAGUACAUAAACCAGUCCGUUCCCAAAAGGCCUGCAGGCUCUGUCCAGAACCCCGUCUAUCACAAUCAGCCUUUAAAUCCAGCUCCUGGCAGAGACCCUCACUAUCAAAAUCCCCCCAGCAACGCCGUGGACAACCCUGAGUAUCUCAACACCACCCAUCCUGACUGCAACAACAGUGUGCUUGAUGGCCCUGCCCUCUGGGCACAGAAAGGAAACCACCAAAUUAGCCUGGACAACCCUGACUACCAACAGGACUUCUUUCCCAAGGAAGCCAAGUCAAAUGGCAUCUUUAAGGGUCCUGCAGCUGAAAAUGCAGAAUACCUAAGGGUAGCACCACCAAGCAGUGAAUUUAUUGGAGCGUGACCAUGGAGGAUAGCAAAAGCCGUAACAAUUCCACACUCUUCAGCCCCGCAGGACCAAGCCACAGCAGCUGCUCCAGUCCUGAUGGCCAUGCUCACGUUAACUCUUGGACCCAUGGACUGGUUUGGCCAUAUUUGCUCUGAUAGGUCCAUCUUUCAACCAGAAAGCGCCCUCUACUCGGAUGCACUUUGGGAAGUUGCAGGGACAUUCCUGGAACAUUCCUUUGUCUUCAAACUGUGAGGCUUCCAUGAAAGGCAUCCAGAAAGAAUGUUGUCCAUUUAAACAGAAGUUCACCCUUCAAUGAGAUAUAUUUGGAAAAAAACGAAAUAUACAUAAAGAGUUUUAUUGUUUGUGGGACCUUUGGAGUUUUUGAUUGUCAUUAUUGACUUUGUUUUCAAUGGGCUUUGCCGACGAGGAAGAAGCUUGCUGGUAGCACUUGCUGCACUGAGUUGAUCCAGGCCCGACUGAGACCAAGAAGCUAGGGCCAGUCUUCCAGUUAACACUUGAUUCCAUCAGCUCUGCAUCAAGACUCUUCCAUUGCAAGACAAUUAAAUAAACAAGAAGUCCUCCAUGUCCUAAGCAGGCCUGACUGGUACUGUGUCAAAUCACGGCAGGUACAAGAGGAUAAGCCACUUUGAACCCUUCCUGGCAAGGAAGAAACAGAGGGGGUAGAAUUCUUCCUCAGACUUUUAUAUAAAUGUCUCCAUGGUACUUAACUCUCCAUUGGUUGACCAGUGUUUUCUAAUUAUAAGUAUUAGACUGACUUGUUUAUUUUCCAUUGUUUUAAAACUCAAUAUGCUUUGACGGUACAUCAACCAAUAACCAAGAUCAGCUCAUAUUUGAUUCAUCAGCAUUCAGACCAAUAGGCUUUUAUUAAGAUGGAACAACAAUGCAAAAGUUCACACAAGAACAUAUUCCCCAAAUUCGAGUCUCAGAGGAAAUACAUCAAGUCCUCUGGGGGUCAGGGAGCAGACGUAGCAGACUGCAAAAAUGAAGCCGCUCUUAAAACUCAUUUAGCUUUCCCCACCAAAAAAAUAGUUUAGGCUACUCAUGGAAGGUAAUUUUCUUGUUAAUUCACUUUAAAAGUUUUUUACUCAAAGGGUACUUUGUUCCUCCCUGGUAAGCUGCUCCCAAAGCUCCUCCUUGCCCUUUGUGAAUAAAAGGAUCCAGGCUCUGGGGUAUCUAUGCCCUCACCACUGUGGUCACAUUUUACAGGAAGGUAUAAGGAUAGCAUUAUGUAUACUGUGGAGUUCAAGUGGUAAAUAUGAAAUUCGAGUUUGAAAUAGAUGAUAAUGCCUUCACAACAUCUACAGGUGUAUUAGAAGAAAAAAAAUUUUCCCUCUUAAAAUAAUUUCCCUGUAAUUGGAGGAUCCAGCUAGUUAGGAUACCAGCAUUUUUUCCUUUUUUUUUUUUAUUUUAUUGAGAUAACAUUGGUUUAUAACAUUGUAUAAGUUUCAAAUGUAUAUCAUUAUGUUUUGACUUCCGUAUAGACUGUAUCGUGUUCACCACCAAAAGUCUAGUUUCCAUCCAUCACCAUACACACGUGCCCCUUUACCCCUUUCUCCCUCCCUCCACCCCCUUCCCUUCUGGUAACCACCAGUCUGUUCUCCAUAUCUACAUGUUUGUUUUAUCUUCCACAUAUGAGUGAAAUUGUAGGGUAUUUGUCUUUCUCUGUCUGACUUGUUUUGCUUAGCAUAAUACCCUCAAGGUGGGACACCAACCUUUUUCCUAAUCUGUGUGUUCCUGCAACCUGAUCAGUUAAUGGCAGUCCUUUGCAAGCAGCUUUUUAAAUACUCUUAGUCAACAUCCACCUCAUCCAGUUUAUCAAGGAAGAAAUGUUUCAGACAAUAUUUUUGGCCAAUGGAUGCAUUCAACCACACACAUACAAAAUUUUCCUUUUGCUUUUAAAUUAUUUAUUGACUCUCAGAUAGAUCAGGGCCUCAGUUUGUUACCAAAAUAUUUUAUUUUGUCUCACUGGAAAUAUAAACUAUAUUCACUUCAAUUCCAUUAUGUUCUCAAAUACUCUUUAACACCUAUACCAGCCUGGCAUGGGUACUAAAGAUACAAAAGUAAAUAAAACAUAAUUCCUGAUUCCAAGAAAUUCACAAUUUAACAAAAGAAUUGGACUCACAAAUGCUAACCGUAUGUCAGCCAAGCACUAUGACAGCACAGGGCAGGGAGUCAUGGUUCUGCCUGGGGAGACCUGGAAGGCUCGUCAAGGAGGCAGUAGUGGAGUUGGGCCAAAAGAUGAACAAGGUCUUAGCCACAGGAGAAAUGGAAAGUGUACUUCCAGCAGAACCCCAACAAAGAAAGCAUCUGCCAGAGGAACCACUAAUCAAGUAGGUUUAGAGGCUGAGCUGUCAUCUUAACGAGCUGCUCUUUCAGCCUGGGGAUCAGGCUGGUAGCACCCCCCAAGUUCACUGCAUGUUGCAUCCCCACUGAGGACUUGAAAAUGAUGAGUGAGAAGAUUAAACAACAUUUCUAAGAUUCUGAAAUUUUAUGCCAUUGUCAGUAAACCACUUUCAUUAUUUAUUCACCUCAGAACAUAAAAAAAUAUUUUCAUCAGAUGUUUAUUUAGCACUGGAAACAGAAUAAUUCACAUUCUGCUAUUACUUAUUUGUCAAGAAACAGAUGAUUGCUGAGGGAGAGCAAGUGUACACCAGUCAAAUUGUAGCAGUUAAAUCGUAGUAUUUUUGUAAUUUGAAAUAUUUUACUAUAACAUAAUAAAACAGCAAAAAACUAUUCAAGUUUUUUCUUCUUCUUUGUAUUUCAAUUUUCCUGCAUAAAAUCUAUUGCUAAAUUCUCUUAAUUUUAAGAUUGUGUUUCCCAAAAUGUCCUCACCACGUCUGCCCAGGGAGACGCAGGGGGGUUUGUAGAUGCUGCGGAGCCCUAGAGCAGAGCCUAGUCAAGGGUCCCAGUGGUCACCGAGGGACGAGUCGGGAGAGGGGCUCCCCAGAGCGCCAGUAUUUCUAUAUCAUGGCACCGAUUGGCCAGAUUUCAAAGCUUAUGCUCUGUCCUUUUGGUUCUUCCUCAUUGACAACAGUCCCCAAGACCCUACAGAGAGGCUGUCUGCUUUUCUUCCUCAGUCAGUUCCUGGAACCUUUCCCCGUGGCCUCAGCCUCAGAUCUGGCCUUUGGAAACAGAGUUAGGGAAAGUAAGAGUUGGCACAGCUAACAUUUACAAUUGGCCACCAUCCUCACAUACAUCUUCUCAUGUAAUCUCUGAGGAGUCCCUGCAAUCAUGCUCAGAAGAAAUAUUUCUGUCACCUCAUGAAGUAAAACAGAGGUGAAUGUUCCAAACUCUAAAUUUGCACUGAUUUUAUAACUGGGAGCACUGUGGAGGCGUCAUAUUGCAUUCCAGUUGAUGACAAGGCUCCGGGGUAUUUGCUGAAAGUUCUUGGUGUUGAGCAUUAGCCCUACCCCCAAACUGCAGACAGCAGUAAACCAUGAAUUGCUCAGGCCAAAGGCACUGGUUCACAAGCGUGGCCACCCUUGGGAAUCUCCUGGGUACCAACCAAAAAGACUGUUGCAGCCUGGGACCAGGGACGUCUCAGAGCUCCCCGAGGUGGUUCUGGUAGCACUAAAGUUCGGGGACCACUGGUGUGAAGGCAAGGCUCAACGCGGGAGCCUUGGCCUUGGGCUGAUGGCCUCCCGCUCAUAACUCACCCCGCAGGCCUCAGGUAGCACAAGCAUAGGAUGAGGCUGUUGGAUUACAGUGACUCACAGUUCUCACCCUCGCUGGCCACUAGAAUUACCCAGUGAGCUUACAAAGAAAGGGGCUGGGGUCCCUUUGGACCAAUUUAAUCAGAAUCUCAGGCUCCCCAGUGAUUCUAAUGGGCAACCAGGGGUGAGGUCACCUUCAGUGGUACAUACCUCUGUGUCUC